GUGGGGGGUAGCUGCGAGACCGCUUCCAUGCGCUCCGGCGGGGAGAGGCGGUAAACACGGCAGAGUCUCACAGCCCUCUCUGCUGCCCCGUGCAGCAGCAGCAGCAGCCGGAGCAGAGCCCGCGAGCGCUCCGCUCUGCGCGUCGCUUGCGAAGGGGCAGGGGGAGGGUGGAUGAAGACGGACCAGCGAGCAGGCGUGGCGAAUCUGACCGCCAGAGCCAAGUGGCGCUAACCCAGUCGGCGGCUGCUCCGUUGAGAAGAGGGCAGAUUAUCAGUCGUCAUCCCGGGCAGAGACGGAUGAUGGUGAUGAUGCUACGUGCUCCCCGCUAGCUCCAUCCGGUGACCAGACCCAGCGCUCGUGAAGUCGAACACGCCGGAGCUCGCUGCCAGCUCGCUCACCGUGACGACUACAAAGAUUGCCACUGUGUGUGAAGCAAGGAGGGCAUCUUCAGGGUCCAGCUGCUACUAUUGGUAGAGAUCCCCUGGUGGCACCACAGAAAAUCGUUCCAAGGAGCCAUCUGCUUCCCGCACCUUAUGCUGGAUGUGCGGCGCUGCGACAGCACGGAUCGCCCUGCGGUGAGCGCCGCUCUUGGGAGGGCGGGGAGGAGGCGAUCGCGCCCGACAGAUGGAGGCCAUGCGCUGCUCUCGGAAGCGGGUGCGGACGCAGUUCGGAGUGGGCCUCGUCACAUGUGUCCUGUCCACGCUGCUGCUCCUCUUCCUGAUCGACGAGGAGCUCUCGGGGUUUGGCGAGAAUGAAGAGCAAAGAAUCGCAAAAGAGGUUCUCCUGAAACAGCUCUACUCCGAGAAGAAUGAACUGUCCUUCAGAAAUCUUUCAGACAUCGGCUCCCUUCUGAACAUAACGUACUACCACCUCGCUGGUUAUCCUUCAAAUAAGAAAAAGUACCUGACGAUCGGCAUCUCGUCGGUGAAGAGGGCGAGGGGCAACUACCUGCUGCAGACGCUCAAGUCGAUCUUCGAGCAGUCGAGCGACGAGGAGCUCGCGGACAUGGUGAUCGUCGUGCACCUCGCCGACUUCGACGCGGAGUGGUGCGAGGGCACGGCGCGCGCCGUCGCCCGCAAGUUCUCGCAGCACGUCAUGCGCGGCCGCCUGGUGGUCAUCCACGCCCCGCGGCACACCUACCCGCCGCUGCAGGGCCUCAAGAGGAACUUCGACGACCCCGACGACAGGGUGACCUUCCGCUCCAAGCAGAACGUCGACUACGCCUUCCUCACCAACUUCUGCGCCAACCUGUCGGAGAACUACCUGAUGCUGGAGGACGACGUGGCGUGCUCGCGCAACUUCCUCACCUACGUGCGCAAGUUCGUGUCCUCGCUCGAGGGCCAGCCCUGGGCCACGCUCGAGUUCUCCAAGCUGGGCUACAUCGGCAAGCUGUACCGCUCGUGCGACCUGCCCCGCCUCGCCCGCUUCCUGCUCAUGUUCUACCAGGAGAUGCCGUGCGACUGGCUCCUCAACCACUUCCGCACGCUGCUGGCGCAGGGCGACGCCAUCCGCUUCAAGCCGUCGCUGUUCCAGCACAUGGGGUACUACUCGUCCUUCCGGGGCACGGCCAACAAGCUCAAGGACGACGACUUCGAGGACGAGCCGUCCGACGUGCCCGACAACCCGCCCGCCCUCCUCAGGACCAACAUCGAGGUGUUCGAGGCCUACCACCCGUACAAGGCCUACGGCCUGGGCGGCGAGUACUUCUGGGGGAAGGCGCCGAGCGUCGGCAAGUUCUUCCUGCUCGUCUUCAAGAAGGCGGCGAAGAUCGAGAUGAUCAAGGUGCGCACGGGAACGGAGGACAGGAAAGGGGACGUGCUGCGUCACGCCGCGCUGGCCGUCGGGGACGGCCUGAAGCCCACGUCCACGGGGAGAGACUGCAGCAACUACGUGCCGCUCGGGGAGUUCGCCGACGGGCAGUUCGACUCCAUAGACGUGUUGAAAAUGGCCCCUUUCGAAAUCACAUGCCUGCGCAUCAAUGUGCUUAGCGAGCAGUCGGAUUGGGUCAUCAUAAGAAACAUAGGCGUGUGGACAGCGCAGACUCCGUAGGCGCCCCGAAGCAACCAAAUGCAAAGCACAACUUGCAAAGAUGUUCUCCUCUCAAGCCAAAUUUGUAAAAAAGUGAAAAUUUUACUCGGGUUCAGAAGCAUAGAAUAAACUGUCAGCAGGCAGCGUCUGCGGGCAUACCGGCAGCCGCUUCAUUUAAUGGCAGCUUUCGUCCAACUAUUUUUCUGCAGCAGGAAGCCUGCCCUUUGUAUUUGUUAUCUGUUGUGCUUCUGGAUGUACACACCACUUUUGCUGUGGAAUGGAAAUUUAGGCAGGAUGUUACGCCUUGAAGCCGUUAGCCGUUUAGCUGUUUUAGCUCGCAGGGAGACGUAAGUUCUCCAUCGACGUGAAAUGACUGCAGUCGAUUUGCCUCCCUCGUAAAAAUCACUUUUUACCUUUUAUACGUGCAUUGGUACUAGUCUUUAUACGCUACCAGCCGCGUGACGUUUUCACUAAAUAAAUACAAAUCACCGUGUAUAGAUGCUUGUGUUUGCCGAUGUAAAUUAUUUGAUGAAUAAUGAGCUUGUAUGCUGUGUGUCACGGAGCACUGUUACGUUACUUGAGGUGGGGGCCGUGUUUCCUCUCGGUGUCCCUGCGGAAUUGUGACUCACUCCGAGUGAAACAUUUAUAAAUAACAAGCACAUUUUUUGUUGUUGAAACGAUGCCCACUCUCUGCAGCACACAGUUGCGAUGGGAAAAUUAAUCGGGCUGGAUUUUCCAACGGGCCAAUGUUGUAUUUGUCCAGCAAAGUGUACACGUAUUGUCUAGAAAACUCUCGCUAGAAAUUUAAUCCCCAGUGUACAAAACAGUUGACAUAAUCUCAGUGGAAAAAUCCAGACUGACUCAUUUUUUGUCCUGUUCGUGCGGGCAAACAUUGUGGGUUUUAAUUGAAUCUUAGACCUGGUUUCCCUUAGCCUGCAUUUGUUCUGAAGCAGAAACUCCAACCCGUAAUAUUUGCAGAAGUGCACGAGCUAGUUUUUAAUUUGCAACUUGAAGAUACAGGUUUCUUUCUUAAUUGAUUGCAAUUAUUUAUUAUUGUGCUGUGACUAAAGUGAUGUGACUAAUGAGAACAUUGUGGUUAGACCUGCGUAAACUCACUCUCGACGCAUGUUUUAUUCCCUACUCGGUAUCAUUUUCCAGAUAACGUCUACGCGGGAACAUCCUGGCGUCGUUAUUUUUGCAAACGAAAUUGCCUCCGUGGACCCCCUGUGUACCGCGGAGUGACUUUCACUGCUGCGGAAAUAUUCACACUUCCAUCCCUCUUCAUUGACACGUGGAUAACGCUGCUUUAAUAAAGAGAAUAGGAAACACUGAUUUGCCCGUCUCAAUGGAAGCGUUUUCUCCC